UAUUCACACAUCACCACCUCAAUGAAGAAUACCCUCUAAAUGAGUUAUGGGGUUGGAUGGGAUUUACCUUUUUUCCUAGUGGAUGAACCCUGAGUGGACUUAUUUGGCCACAUUUUGGACUGACUAUGUUCAUGUUUUUAGUGUUGAUUGAUCUGCGAGAAGCUUUUUGACACCCCAGGAGCCCAAACUGCUCCUUAACCAACUCAUAUCAGGACUGAUUCCUUCACCAUAUGAGACAUCAUGUAUUUAUUCUACACAGCCUAUCUCUUUGCGGAGCCUUAAGGUACAGUGUGUUGAUUAUAUUCUGUGUUCUCAGUUGAGUGUUCUAAACGGAGCCAUCCUCUAAUUAACUAAUUAGCCCGUGUGGCACAACUGAUCGUGUACAUUUGACCAGUUCAGAGGCGCACUAUCUCGGACUGGAAAGAAAAUAAGUUGUAUCCAGUCAAAGAAAGCAGGCAGUCACCAACUGGAUUUCGGAGACAAUCAUGGGCAACCAUUCGCACAAUCUCCUGACUCUGCACCACAUUGAGCUGAGCCAGUCCACGUACAUGGAGAACGGCACCAUCACCAACGCCACGGACGCGGAGUCCAACUCCCUGGGCUGCGUGCAGAUCCGCAUCCCCCAGGAACUGUUCCUCACCCUCGGGCUCAUCAGCCUAGUCGAGAACAUCCUGGUGGUGCUGGCUAUCUUCAAGAACCGCAACCUGCACUCGCCCAUGUACUACUUCAUCUGCUGCCUCGCCGUGUCCGACAUGCUCGUGAGCGUCAGCAACGUGGUGGAGACAAUCUUCAUGCUCCUUAACGACCACGGGCUGCUGGACGUCCACCCGGGCAUGCUGCGACACCUGGACAACGUCAUCGACGUCAUGAUCUGCAGCUCGGUGGUGUCCUCGCUGUCGUUCCUGUGCGCCAUCGCGGCGGACCGUUACAUCACCAUCUUCUACGCGCUGCGCUACCACAGCAUCAUGACCAGUCAGCGCGCGGUGGCCAUCAUCGUGCUGGUGUGGCUGGCCAGCAUCACCUCGAGCAUCCUCUUCAUCGUGUACCACACGGACAACGCCGUGAUCGUGUGCCUCAUCACGUUCUUCUGCAUCACCUUGGUGUUCACGGCGGUGCUCUACCUGCACAUGUUCAUCCUGGCCUACUUCCACUCGCGCCGCAUCGUGACCUUCCACAAGAGUCGCCGGCAGGCCACGAGCAUGAAGGGAGCGAUCACGCUCACCAUCCUGCUCGGUGUGUUUCUCCUGUGCUGGGGCCCUUUCUUCCUCCACCUCAUCCUCAUCCUAACCUGCCCCACGCGCCCCUUCUGCAAUUGCUUCUUUAGAAAUUUUAAUCUUUUCCUCAUUCUUAUAAUAUGCAAUUCUCUCAUCGACCCCCUUAUAUACGCCUAUCGGAGCCAAGAGCUUAGGAAAACGUUAAAAGAGCUGGUUCUCUGUUCUUGGUAUUUUGGCGUGUAACAACAUUUAUUUGCAUAAAGCACCAUACUAUUUCGA